AUGUGCGAUCCAGACGAUGUCGGCAAAGAUGUGUGGAAGCGAUGGAUCCUAGAAGCUAUACAUAAAAUACGCUCACAGAAGCAAAGGCCAAGUGUUGAGAGGAUAUGUCACGCUAUCAGACAGCAUCACAACUAUCAUGAGGAUGUGGUGUCGGAGCGUCUAGAGCUGGCAGUACGCGAAGGGGCCGUUCUAAAGGUAUAUAACAAGGGCCAGAGCUCUUACAAGGAUCCAGGUGGACUGCAAAACAAGCUUCUAAGAAUAACGCAAGAUGUGGACCUUUCUAGGAUUGUUGCGAAAGCAGUGCGCGAAUUAGGUGAACGUGACGGUUCUACGUUAAAAGGGAUUGAAAAACAUUUGUAUACAGCUUACCAAGUGUCAGUGGAACCUGAUGUGGAUGUGCGUGCAGUGUUGCGUGCGGCGGCCAAACGCGCAGUAGCCAGAAGUCUGUUGACACACCAUGGUGGUUCUUACAAGGCAACCGAGAGACCUCUCAACACAUCAUCAUCAGACCGUAGCACCAAGCAGCGGCCCAAAUCAGCACUGGACUCCCCUGAGAAGAAACCGAAUCAAGGAGGAGUGCCUGUGUGUACUGAGUGCCUUGGAACUGAUGCAAGAAAUAGAUUAGGUGCAGUAGAAUCUUUGAUCUGCUGCCAGCAGUGCAAGGUGUAUGCACAUCCAACAUGUCUCAAUCUACUGGAUAAUAAUGAAAUACCAGUUUUAAAAUCUGUUGGAUGGUCGUGCGGCUCUUGCGCGUGGUGCGAUGUGUGCUCGCCGGGCGGGGGCGGCAGCGAGAGCUCUGGAUCGGGCUCAGGCUCGGGCUGGGUGUCGCGCUGCGUGGCGUGCUCCAGCCACGCGCAUCCUCGCUGCGGAGAACCGCCCUGGCGCUGCGACCACUGCCUCAACCUCGCACCCACUAACAAGCGAUCGUCGGUGACGGGUACGCCGCGCGGCAGGAAACCUCGCACCCCAGCCCGAAAACCGGAAACCGACGACGAGCCUUCCGACGGUAAUGGACCGACGCUCACGCGACCCGAACAGAGAAUGUCCCGAGAGAAGCAGAAAUUCUUCAGAUUCUCCGCUUUUAACUUAGUGAAGCGGCGCCGGCGCCGAUCGUCCUCCGAGUGGGAGGGGUGGGGCGGAGUUAGGGUCACUCGAGUGCAGAGACUGGAGCUCCGGCUCGAGCGUCGUCCCGCCUCCCCCCGCGACACCAUCUCCACUCAGUCCAGUACGCUCUCCACCCCCUCGCCCCUGUCGCCCGUCUCGCCGAGUUCCGCGUCGCCUUCCCCCAGCUCUCGCACCUCGUCCAGUGAGGCCGAGCCGUCGGCCCCUGCCGCCGUUUCGACGGUGUUCGAGCGUCUGGCUACAGACGAAACACCCGGCGGAGUGUGGGGCUUCGCCGCCGAGGCGCAGAAGCAGCGAAGGCUCGAGCCCGAAACGCGCCCGCCGCCCGAGCGGCACAGAGUCGCGAGACGUCGUAGCCGUUGCGGGGAGAGGUUGCUGACGACUCUGUUCGACGGGCUCUCAGAGUUUUAUUCGGUGCGAACGGCGUCACGAUCGCAGUCCCGUCCGCGCCCCACGCGACCUCCCGAGCCCGAGGAAGACCGCACCGUGCUGAAGGAAACGAGGAGCACCUUUCGACGAUACCAGGCGGAGUUGCGGCGUGCGCGAAGCCGAACUAGGGAACCUGAGCCUAAACCUGAACCGUCACCUGUCUCGGAGGAGGAACCGGUCGUUCGAGCCAGAUCGAGGAGUAGAUCUCGACCACGACCGGACGCGCGAGUGAUAAAGGCCGCGGAGGUUCGAGGUCUCAGCGUAGACCGUAGUCCGAUUCGUAGAGAAAAGGAGAUAGUGGUAGAGGAACCGCGGCUAUCCGCAUCGCAGCUGGUUAGGACCGCAGCGGUGGGCAAGCACCGGACGGUAUCGGAGGACUCGGAAAAACUGUAUCGCGGCUUAGCUUUGGCGGGUCGGCAGGCCGGCGUCGGAAGGCCGGCCACCAAUCAGACGGAGGGCUGUGCGGCGGCGCCCCCGGCGGGAGUGGGCGCGGGCGACGCGGCGCUGUUCAGCGCGGCGCUGGCGGCGGCCGGCGCAGACCAGCCGCACGCCGCCGCGCCCGCGCGCUGCCCCUCCGCCAUACAGUUCGGCCAGUGGGAGAUCGACACCUGGUACUCCAGCCCCUUCCCGCAGGAGUACGCGCGACUACCGAAACUAUUCCUAUGCGAGUUCUGCUUGAAAUACGCAAAAAGUCGAGCGGUGUUGAUGCGUCACCUGGACAAAUGUCUCUGGCGACAUCCACCGGCCACAGAAAUAUACCGUUGCGGAGACAUAUCAGUCUUCGAAGUAGACGGCAACGCCAACAAAAUUUACUGUCAGAACCUGUGCCUCCUCGCGAAGUUGUUCCUGGAUCACAAAACACUGUAUUAUGAUGUCGAACCGUUCCUGUUUUAUGUGUUAACGAAAAAUGACAGCAAAGGAUGUCAUCUAGUGGGCUACUUCUCCAAAGAAAAACAUUGUCAGCAGAAGUAUAAUGUUUCAUGCAUCAUGACGAUGCCGCAGUACCAGAGACAGGGCUUUGGACGAUUUCUCAUCCAUUUUAGUUAUUUGUUAUCGAAAGAGGAGGGACAGCCAGGUACACCUGAAAAACCUCUAUCAGAUCUUGGCAGAGUAUCUUACCAUGCGUACUGGAAAUCUGUAAUACUUGAAUACCUCUAUGAUCAUAAAGAUAAAUCAUUCACUUUUGAAGAUAUCGCACACACUACAGGGAUGCAUAUGAAUGAUAUUGCUAUAACAUUUCAGUUGUUAGGCUUUGUAAGAUAUAUUCCUAAUAAAGAAUCAAGCAAAUUAGGACUUUGUAUAGACUGGAACAGAGUUGAUAAUCACAUGAAGAAAGUAAAGAGUAAACCUAGGCUUGAGAUUGACCCCGAGUGCUUAAGAUGGACACCAUUAUUAGCUCCGACUGUAAAUCCGUUUAGAUCGCCGGAAGAGGCUUCUGGAGUUGACCAGGACACUGAAAAUGAGGAGUUGAAGACUGAAAGUGAGGAUACCGCAACUGAAAACGAGGUUCCGGUAGCCAAAGAAGACUCUAAACAAAAGGUUACAGAAAAAGAAAAUUCUGAAACACUUGUUGAAGUGACUUCUUCUGGUAGAAGACGAACGAGACCCUUGAAAUAUAGUGAGAGCACCUAUCAAACUACUCCAACACUUACUGAAGGCAACAGAAAGAGAAAACGAGAUGUCAACAGAAAGAUGUCCGAAAGUAACUAUGAUGAGGAUAAGAGUAAAGAGGAUGAGACACCCAGAAGACAGAGAAGUAAAAGUGUUGCUAGAAGAUCAUCCAGAGUUACCCAGAAUGAAAUUUCAGAAGACGUUGCGCCUACAAGUAGAAGACAGAGUAUUAGGGAAGCAGCUUAUGGUUCUGACAGUCAAGAUAGCCAGAUAAGCAUGGAUGCGCCCACGCCAGCAGUUAAUAACGUAAAAGCUAGGAGUAAAAGAAAAAUGAAAUGGAAAGGUCGUCCCAAGAAGAAACAAAAGAUCAAUAAAAAUUCUGCUCGAACUUCCUCGCCUGCAAGUAAAAAAGCUAAACUUAAUGAAAGCAACACAGUGGAAGUUAAUGACUACAAAACUGACGACUCUAUAGAAGAUGCCUCUAAACCUCGGGAGGUUGAAAACGAAAAUGUUGCUCCACAAAAUGAACAACUCAUUGAAGAAAAAACUCAAGAAAAAAGUAAAAAUUCGGAAGCUAGUUCUGAAGACUCUUCAGGGGAGGCAGACGAUGAGAUGGAUGUUGAAGAAGGAGAAGAAAGAAAACCAGUUAGUAAACCAGCGUCGCCGAGACAUGUUGAAGAGAAUAGCACUGACCAUCACACUAGUGACAUGGAACUUGAUAGCAUUCAUAUGGACUCACCCAAGUCUAUAGCAGAAAAAGACCAAGUUAUUAAAGAAGCUAAUGAUAAACCAGACGAUGCUGUAUCACAGAGUAGAACAGAAGAAUCAUUAGAAAAACCUGAAGAAGAUACUAAAGUAGCAUCAGAUGAACAACCUGAGACGGAAAACCCGUCUGAGCCAAUGAAUGGUGAAAUGAAAUCUCCAACAAAACCAGUAUUAGAUGAUAAGGAUACUAUAAUUAUAUCUGAAUCAGAUGAUAAUAACAGUCAGAGCUGUCCUUUGCCAUCACCUAAACCAAAUGUAGUAGCCCCAGUGCAACAAAAUAAUGAAAAUAAACCUAAAGAAGUUGAAGAAAAGGACAGUCCAUCUAAACUUAUACCCGUUGUAUCAACAGAGAAUGCCCAUAUUGUUUUAGACCCAAAAGUACAAGAAGAAGUAAACACAAUCAGGCCACCAGUAGACUUGAUCGUCCCUAGAACCAAUCAAAUUGAAACUAUAGUUGUCGAAGGCGAAUCUGAUACUGCACAUUCGCCGAAAACAGGUUUAUCACCAAAGAAAAAUGAUAAAAUGGUGAUAAAUGAGUCUCCCAAACCAAAAAAAUCGCCGGAAAGUGUCAACUCCGAUGUAUACUGCGAGCAGAAAAAAUGUGAUGUUAGGAAAGAAACUGUCAUACAAAACCAAAACACUGAGGAAGUCAAAAGUUCCGAAAAGAAAUCACCAAAUAAAAUAGAAUCAAUCAUUCAAAAUUUAGAUUCUCAAAGAGAUUUAGUAUCUAAUACAAGAAAACCCGACCCCGUUAAAAUAGAUAGCUUUAUUGAAGUUGAUAAUAGAAAUAAAUUAACAAAUCCAAUUGUAGCUAGGGAAAGUGAAAUUCCAUUUCGAAACGACUUAAUGAAUAGGAAAGAUGAGAUCGUAAUAACCAGAAACAUAAUCGAACAACCGUCUCCGUUACAAACCUUUCAAAACCCAGUGUCAAACUCCAUGACGAUACAGCAGAUAAAUACAGCUCAGCACUCUUUUUUGAAUCACAGAGCGAAUGUCACAAAAGAAUCUCAAGCCGUACAGACAGACAAAAUUUUAAUAAAGACUAGCGAACAGAACCGUGUGAUAAACAACAGUUUAGACCCAACGCCUGUUAUUAGUAAAAGUACGACGAAGUUAGAAGUGCCACAUCCUAUAUCCUCACCAGUGAUAAACCCUGUUAUACCAAAAGUACCAAAUGUUACUGAUAUAAAUUUUUUACCCCGGUGUCAAAGCGCUAACGCUGCGGUCAACAUCGGUCUGGACAGGGCGGAUUUAGAAGCCAGCUUUGCAAACAGUAGCGCACUACAAAAUUCAUUGAGUGGGUCCAUGAGCAUCGUCCAUAGUAACACUCAAGAUAAGAACGACCUGAAUCAAAAGCCAAGAGAGAAGAGUAAACUGCGAGACGUGAGAGUGAAUUCCGCUCACAGUAAGUUGGAGAAAACUGACAAGAAAAAUAAGAAUGAUACGCCGAGGAGCACGCCUGAACCGAAGAUGUUUUUUCCAGACCAAAGUAACACGAGGAAGCCGGAGACAUCAGUCCCAAUAAACGUAAUCAACUCUUUGCCGGUCACGAGCAAAGUUGAAACAAAACCCACAAACGAAGCUCCCAAAAAGCAGGAUUUUUUUAAGAAAGAAAAAUCGAACGCAUCCAAGUGUGACUCCAAGAGCGCUUCGGUCAAACAUGACAAAAGUUGCGCUGCGCAACUUAAUCUAAAAUCUGAUCAAAAUGAUUUGAAUAAAAUGCUACCAAAAUUUAAGUAUGAUAAUGAAUUAAUGCCAAAAGCAGACUAUGCAAUGAAUCAGAUUCCUAAUUACCACACUACCCACGGGCAGUACCAGUGGCCGCCCUGGGAUCCGACCAGGAUACAGGGCACUUGGGAGCACAAUAGAAUAUUUGAUAUGAAAAACAGUGUGAGCGAUAAAAACUAUCUAGAUAAACUGCAAGGAUUCAAUCUGCCUCAUUUAGAUCAGGUUCAGAAGUCACCUCAGAAAUUGCUUCCAAAAUACGAUCAAAAGGAUUUUCACAACAUUACGUACGGCGCGUUGAGCGGUAGUCUGUAUGCAACGACAGGGUUGCCGCAUUUUAAGGAAACUAAGACUCCAAUAUCUAAAUCCGAAUGCUCACAAAAGAACGAAUGCAAACCAUCUAAACAGUCCAAAACAAAUACCGCUUGCCAAACGCAAUGCGAUAGUAAGAAAUCGCAUUCGCAAAGUACGGCUGACCAGAUGAAGCAAAUGAUGCAGCGACAAGUGAAUAAGCAGCAAGAUGUGGUGACUAGUUGCGCGGAGUACCGACAACAGAGCCCUCAGGUCAUGACGUCAUCUGGCUGUAAGACUCCGUUUAAUCAGAACGGGCCAUGCGGCCAGGAGAAAUCUGACAUCGAGAAGAAAUCUCGACAGCAUUCAAAGAAGGAGGAGUCCCCGAAAGAUAAUAGUAAGGAGGAGUUAUGUGAAGCGGUUAGCCCCGCAUUGCAGUCUAUGGGGGUGUACACUCCCGACUCGACGAGUAACUCCGUGCAUUCGGUGCAAUAUCCUGCCUGCGAGUUGGACGUCAGUCAGCUCGGACUGGAGUCGCCGACUAGUAUAGGAUCUGACCUGGCGUCGCCUUGCUCCAUGAUGCAUAUGCACCCAGCACCCAGCCCACAGUAUUCGACUAUUCACAUACCGUCCAUUAUGAGUCAAUCUAACCAACCACCGAAACAGCAGAAGAUUAACAAUAGGAACAGGAGUAGCGGCAGCGGCGGAGGCGGCGCGGGCGCCAGCGCCGAGCUGAAGGGCGCGCUGCGCGCAGCCCCCACGCCCCCCGCUCGACGCCAGGCCACGCCGCCAAACAUACAGCCGCACGGCGGCGGCAGCGUGAUGCAGGGCGGCGGUGGCGCGGCGGGCGGCUACCAGGGCGGCUACCUGUCGUUCCAGCAGCAGCAGCAGUACCACGCGGGCGGCUGGCCCCCCUCCUGCUCGCUCGCCAAGCUGCAGCAGAUGGCGGAGGCGCCGCAGCACCACCCGCCACACCAGUACGCGCAGCAGUCGUCCACCCCUCCCGCGACGGCAGCGAGCCAUUACCACGCCAAGUAUUACGCGCCGCCUCAUAACCAGCUCGACUCGCCUAGGAACACACGGAAUACCACUAGCAACCUGAGCCCGAUGCAGCACAUGCAGAUGGCGCCCACGUCGCGCAUGUCGCCCAACCUGAACACGCACAUCAUCAGCCAGUACGGGCUCAACGGGUACCGCGUGGGCCCGCAGCAGCAGUUCAACAACCUGCAGAUGAUGUCGCCGGCCAACGCCGUGCAGUACGGCGGCGCCGACCCCCGCGCGCAGCAGUCCAACGUCUACGCCUACGGCUACAUCAACCACCCGCCGCCGCCGCCGCUCGCCAUGCAGCCGCUCAACUCCACCAUGCGCCGGUAG